UGAGGUCAUGUAGUAAAUAUCUAAAUUUUUCCCAUGCAAAUUGUAAAAUAUACUACUCCAUAGCAUAUAAAUUAAGUGCAAUUUCUACUAACAACAUAGUAAAAAUUUAGUUACUGGCUAGAUGUCAUUACAGUAUCAAACUAUGGAUAAUUAUUCUAUUGUUAAAUAAUAAUGGAUACGACUUUUAUGUAUGUCAUUAUAAUUUCACUGAUUAUUUCAAUUGUUAUUUUUAUUAUAAAACAGUUUUUUAAAGAUUGUGGAAAUAAUGAAUCUAAUUAUAUACCCAAUCGAAAAGCUUUCUCAAAUAAUAAUUACGGGUAUCGUUAUCGUACAACACAUUUAUAUGAUAAUCAUAAUUCUACUGCGUAUAUAAGUGAUCAUUAUAAUGAUCUAGGACCAGAUUAUCUUAAUAUGUCGUCAUUGGAUCCCAAUAUUUUUCAUUUCGAUACUAGUAAUGUAGAAAAUGGACAUUGCAGUAAUGGAGAUACUAAAGUUUGCGAUUCUGGAGGUGGUGAUACUGGAUGUUGUGAUAAUUCUAGAGAUGGUGAUACUGGAUGCUGUGAUAAUUCUGGAGAUGGCGAUACUGGAUGCUGUGAUUCUGGAGCUGGUGAUUCCGGAGGCUGUGACUAUGGCGAUGGUGACACUGGAGGUUGCGAUUCUGGAGGUGGUGAUGACGGAGGUAGUUAUGAUUAAAUAUAUAUAAGUAAUAUGAGUACCUAACAUACAUAUAUGUAUUUAAAUCCAAAGAUAUAACGGAAUAUGUAAAAAAAUUAUUUUGUAUAUUAAUAAUUAAACUUAUGUAAAAUUUUUGUUCACUCUAAUCUCCAUCAUCUAGAGGAUCUAGAGUAAAAGUCAACAUACCUGCGGUAACAUAAAAGGCCUUAAAAAUUAAUAUAAUAAAAUAAUAUAUUAUUUUGAUAAAUUAUUUAUUGUUAUUAAUACUCGGAGAAAAAUAUACAGCAAUUUUUACUUAAAAAUAUGAGUUGAAAUUACUCAAUUCAUAUUGUAAUUUUAAAA